AUGUCUGUCAGUGUCUCACCUGAUCCGUCUGCCUGCAUGCCUCCGUCUGGAAGGAGAAGAAGCCUAAAAAUGUACUUUCCACGUCAAUGCAUCAUGGGAAAUGCUGGUCUCAACGACCAACACCUCGGAGCCGUGCCAAUUCUAACUUCGUCUCGAUGCCAGCUCACUUCGUGGGAUCAGAGUUGCGGUGAGCCUGGCACAGGUUGCAACUUGGCAAAAUGCACACAAAACCGGACCCCAUCAUUCGACCGUCAGCAUGUCUGCUUGCACCGCCUGGCCGGCGCAUCUGCAGAAGUUCCUCCCCUCGUCGGCACCGAAUGGAAACGGUCCGGUUUGCAGGAAAGUGCAUAA